AUGGAGAUGCCAGCCGAGUACGUAGGCAAGGACAGUUUCUUCGGAGGCACCCCGCCGCUUCCGCAGGCAGCUGGCUACGCAAUCGUCCUGGGCUUCGGUGCCUUCUUCUCGGUGUUAACGACCAUCAUGGUGUACUUGGACAAGACCGCCAACGGCACAGUAAUCACCUCGGAGUUCUUCAACACCGCGGGCAGGAAUGUGAAGACGGGGCUCACAGCGUCGGUCAUCGUGUCGCAGUGGACCUGGGCUGCAACGCUGCUGCAGUCCUCCAACGUGGCCUGGAAUUACGGCGUCUCUGGCCCGUUCUGGUACGCCAGCGGCGCCACCAUCCAGGUGCUCCUGUUCGGUAUCCUCGCCAUCGAGUUGAAGAGGCGGGCACGGACGUGCCACACGGUCUGCGAGCUGGUGUACGUGCGCUGGGGCAAGGCCGCGCAUUUGACCUUCAUCUUCUUCUGCCUGCUCGCCAACGUGAUCGUGACGUCGAUGCUGCUGCUGGGCGGCGCCGCCACCGUGAACGCGCUGACGGGCGUGGACACCGACCUCGCCUCCUUCCUCAUCCCGUGGGGCGUGAUCCUGUACACGGCGGCUGGCGGUCUGAAGGCCACGUUCAUGGCUUCCUACUUGCACACGGCAGUCAUCUUCUUGGUCCUCGUGGUCUGCGUAUACACCGUGUACGUCAAGGAAUACUCUUCGAACAUCAUCUACGACAAUCUGCAGGCGAUCUCGGGCAUGAGCGCGGCGCAGUGCGAGAGUCGCUUCUCUACGGGCGGGGCAACCUUCUACGAGGCGGGGAGCUACUCGUGCGGCCCAGUGGUCGACAACAACGACGGCUCGUACCUGACAAUGCUCUCGCUGGGCGGCCUCAAAUUCGGCAUCAUCAACAUCGUGGGCAAUUUCGGCACCGUGUUCGUGGACCAGUCCUACUGGCAGUCCGCCAUCGCUGCCAAGCCGGCCAGCGCGCACAAGGGCUACCUGCUGGGCGGCCUGGUGUGGUUCACCAUCCCGUUCGCACUGGCCACCUCUCUGGGUCUGGCUGGUGUGGCGCUCGGCUUGCCCAUCACCGCGGCGGAGGCUGGCUCUGGCCUUGUGCCGCCGGCCACCGCCGCGCACCUCUUCGGUGAUUUCGGAGCCGUCAUGAUGGCCACCAUGCUCUUCAUGGCCAUCACGUCCACAGGCUCCGCGGAGGGCAUUGCGGUCUCCUCCUUGAUCUGCUACGACGUGUACAGGCGGUACAUCAACCCGAGCGCAACUGGCGAUCAGAUUCUCAAGAUCUCCCGCGUCGUCAUGGUAGUCUUCGGGCUCGCCAUGGGUGCUCUGGGCGUGGCCCUGAACCACAUGGGCUUGAACCUGGGUUGGGUGUACCAGUUCAUCGGCAACGCCAUCGGCUCAGCGGUGUUGCCCCUGUGGAACGUCCUGAUGUGGAAGGACGCCAAUGCCAUGGGCGCCAUUGUUGCGGCGUGGGGUGGCAUGGUUCUCGCGCUGGACUACGGUGACAUCAGCGACGCGUUGUUCGGUGACUUCGGCAUGCAGAUCUUCGUCAAGACGCUCGCGGGCCAGACCAUCACUUUGCACGUGCAGGCCAGCGACAGCGCUCGCAAGAUUAAAGCAGAUAUUCAAGGUAGGGCUGGCACUCCCACAGCUAUGCAGCGCCUUGUCUUCGCGGGGAAGCAGCUGGAUGACGACACGCCGCUUCAGCAUUUUAACGUGCAGGAGGGGUCCACGCUGCAGCUCGUGUUGCGCCUGCGAGGCGGCAUGCGGCGGCGCCCUGCCGCGGCGCCGGCAGCCGACCUGCGGCGUCCUGCUGCGGCGCCCGCCGCCGACCCUCCUGGGUCGAGCUCCGGUGGACAGCAUGCGCCACCGCCGCCACUGGGACCUGCCGCAGGCGACGUCGACAUCCCCGAGGCCCCGGUUGUCCCUGCCUAUCCACGUAAGAAGGUGGCGUGGGAUCCACCGCUCCCGCUCUCGAACUAUUCUGACUUGGGAGGCACCUUCGCGUCCAGAGCACUCGCAUACCAACACGUUGGCGUUCGGCUGCGCGUGCGGGGCUGCAAAGCCACGGUCAUUUCCACCAGCGAGCACGCUGUGUACCUCCACUGCAAGCAUUGGGAUUGCAGCAGGAACCCUUGCGGGUGGAAGGCCCUUCUACGUAAAGUGCCUCAUUCCGCUGAUGGCACGUGGGAGUUGUACACGAACGGCGUGGCCCACGACAACGCGAACCAGGCUGGGGCGCGAGGUGUGGACACGCUUGCACAACGCGAGGAGAUCCUGAAGCAGCUCCGAGCUACCCCAUCAACAAGGCCCCGAUCCGCCCUCACUGCAGUGCGCGGCAACCCGGCUGUUCCCGACGAGUGCAUUGACUUGGCCAAGAUCCAGCUGUACAAGAAGCACCUCUUCAGCGCCACGGUUCUCCACAAGCAGGACCUCGGCGAUCUCGCCACCGCCGUCGCGAAGUACAGUUCUGCGCCCUCGGGGCAGCACGAUCCGUUCUUCUGCGUGAACCACCUCCGCAGAGACGAGGCCGGGAAGGUGCGGAUCACGCUCGUGUGCACCACGAAGGCCUUGCAACACCGGUGGGUGUCCGCGAGCGACAUUUCCACGUGCGCCGCCGACGGCGGUUUCAAAUUCUCGUUGCUGGGCCGCCCUCUGACGAUUCUCGGGGUGAUCUCCCCAGCAGGCCAGCUCGGGGUAUGCGCCCUCAUCCUGACGUCCACCAUGCAGCGGGAGCACCUCGAGGAGGCUUUUCUCGGUUUCCGGACCAGCGCGGAGGCGACGACCCAGAGGCCCGGCGGGAAGCAAUUCAGCAUGAGCGACGCCGAGGCCGCCUAUCAGCAAGGACUGCGGAAUGUGUUCGGGUCGUUCCCGUUGAUGUGCGGUUUCCACUGGGUCGCGGCCAUCCGGAAGUUCUGGUUCGAGCACAGCAGGGUCAACAGCGGCUACUCCAAGCACAGGGACGGCGCUCGCGCCGACAUCAUCACCUACAUCGAAUCCAUGUGGAUGCAGCAGAUCACGGGGUGGAGGCGAGGCUACUGCAAUGGUGGUCCUCUCCCUGGGACGAAUAACGCCGUGGAGUCGCAGAUCGGCCUCACCAGGGAUGACUUCGGAAAUGUUCCCGGCAACGACAUGGCAUUGAUUGAUUUUCUCGCCGUCAAGGCCGGGUGCUUCUCCAAGGACAAGUACGACGCGAAUGCGGCCAGGCCAGUCCCGACGGAGUUGUGGCGGCGAGCGCAUGAGUUCAAGAAAAUCCACGCGUCGACCAAGGUUGUGCGCCUGAACGACGUGACGGCUUUCCCCGUGUUCUUCUGCUGGGAGCGCCAGACAUCCAUCGCCGACAGGGAGCGCAUGACCGUCCGGCAGGCCCGUGAGUUGCUCGUCAUCGAGGGGUGCAUGCGCCGCGGGGAAGACGUAUCCUACACGAACCUCACGCUGUUCGCGCAGGGCCGGCGGGGCGGCGGAUCCCUCGGCGACAUCCCGGCGCAAGCGGACGACACACCCCUGUGCUCGUCCGCCAGGGGCCCCGGCCGGGCCAGGCGGGCAGGCGAUCGCUACGCCACUGCGCUCGAUGAGCCGUUCGCCCCUGCCUCCGCCGCCGCCCAGAAGCCGAAGGCCGACAUCAACGAGGCCCUGGCCGCCCUCCGAGCGCUGCCACCGCCAGGGGCGCGCUCGGCGCCCGCCAUGCAGCGGCCCGCAGGGGCGCGCGCGCCCGGCAAGGCGAACAUCGCCGGAGCCGGCCCUGCCCUGGAGGGUCCCGGCGCUUGCGCUGCCGGGAAGCGCCGCCGCCUGACGGGGAAGUCCCCCCCUGCGCCGCUGCCCGGGGUCGGCGAGGUGGCCCAUGUGUACGUGUACCAGGCGAACCAGGCAUGCCAGGAGGCCACGUUGGUCAUUCAGCUCGAGGUCCCAGUGAGCACCACCAUUGCUGCCUGUGUCCAGGAGAUCUCCAGGGCGGCCGGCGCCCCAGUGUCCGACAUCGCACUCUUCGACAUGGACUGCGGCUACGGGCCCUGGCUAGCCGAUGACCUCGCGACGGCGAUCGGCGGCAAGCGCCGCGUCUUGCUCCGGCAAUUCCGCGCCGGCUGGUCGACUAUUUUGGCCACGGCGAUCUGCAAGGAGAAUGAAUUGGUUGGCGGCAGUGGUUACCAGCGCUCGAAUGAAAGCUUGGUGUCUGUGCUGAAGUAUUCAGCUCCAGAAGGAUCCAUCUCCGUGCGGGACCACGCGUUGGGCUUUCGCAGCCAUGCGCCAGAAGAUGAUCAUGUGGAGGUCGUCUUCCACUACACGUCCAAGCUCGGGUUUGUGAACGUCACUAAUCUGGUUUUGGGGGGCGCUCGGACCUUCAGCGCCAAGCAUAAUCUCGCAGUCUUCGUGAAGCAGACCGUGCGCAGAGAUGAGGCCGAGGCCUUCCACCGCGCGGCCCUCGCCGUCCAGGCCCUGUACCGCGCGGCCCUCGCCGUCCAGGAGGGGGCGUUCGGGGCCCAGCACCAGGAGGCCCUCCGCACUGAGCAUCAACUCCCGGACCUCCGGAAGCAGUCCGGGCGCAGAAAGGAGGCCGAGGCCCGACGCCGCGAGGCCCUCGCCGUCCAGGAGGGGGCGCUCGGAGGCCAGCGCCAGGAGACCUUCCGCACCAAGCAUAAUCUCGCGGACCUCCUGAAGCAGUCUGGGCGCAGAGAGGAGGCCGUGGCCCGACGCCGCGAUGUCGUUGCCGCCCAGGAGGGCUCGCUUGUGGGCCGGCAUCAGGAGACCCUCCGCACCGAGCAUAAUCUCGCGGACCUCCUGAAGCAGACCGGGCGCAUAGAGGAGGCCAAAGCCCGUCAGGACGAGCUCAAGAGGGCAUACCGCCGCAUGGCCAUGCGGUGGCACCCGGACCGGCCGCACAACAGCGGCAAGGCGGCGGAGGCCACCGAGAUGUUCCAGCUGGCCAAGGAGGCCUACGACUUCCUGCUGCAGGACUGCCAGCGGCCCCGCACGAUCUACUGAGACCCCGUGGCUAUUGGGCAGCGCCGUGCCGCGCACGCGAGCCGGGCGAGGUGCACGCGAGCCUGUUCCGCGGCUCUCCUGCUC